CAAAAUGGUGACUUUGAACACCAAAUUUUUCCACAAUUCUGUCGAAGAUCAGACAAUCUCGCUCAACUAUUUAGAAGCUAGUUACUGAAGAUGGGGAUGUACUUACUGAUGUCAAGGCUAUGAGCAAUGAAGCAGUAAGAUUCUAUGGCAAUCUUUUGGGAACAGUUAAUACUGAAGUAAAGAAAGGUAGAUGCUGAGUUGAUCUCAAAGUAACUACUGCAAAAACUUCCCACGGAGACAGCAACUUUGUUGUGCUCUCCAGUUACGGGGGAUGAAGUUAAAAUACCAAUGUUUUGUUUUCAAUGAAGAAAGAUAAGUCCCCUGUACCUGAUGGUUCACAGCGGGAUUUUAUCACCUUAAUUGGGACCUCGUUGGCAAAGAGGUGGUGCUGGCUGUUCAGGACUUUUUCAGAUCUGGUCAUUUAUUGAUAGAGGUAAACUCGACCUACCUUGCACUUAUACCUAAGACCUUAAAUGCUGAAAACAUGAAACAAUAUCGCCUUAUCUUGUACUUCAAUAUUCUGUAAAUGUAUUUCAAAUAGGAUCAAAGAAGCCCUGCCCCUAGUGAUCUGCUUAAAUCAAUCAGCUUUUGAUAGGGGGAGAAUGAUCAGUCACAAUAUAUUGUUGGCUCAUGAAAUGCUGAAGCUGUAUAACAGGAAAAAUACAUCUCUUAGAUGUGCUCUCAAGGUAGAUUUAAUGAAAACUUUUGAUAGUGUUGACGGGAACUUUUUAGAGACAGUCAUGGAGGCCAUGGGAUUCUCAGUCCAGUUUAUUCAGUGGAUCAAAUCAUGCUUAAAAAGCACUAGAUUGAGUGUGUUUUAAUGGGGAUUGUGUGGUUAUUUUCCAACAAGAAAAGGCUUGAGACAAGGGGAUCCACUAUCCCCUUAUCUCCUUACAAUCUUCAUGGAAGUCCUUUCUUGUAUGUUAAAUAGAGACUUUUCCAUUAAAACUCUCCCUCGUCACCCUCAAACACAUAGAAUAGGCCUCUCACAUUUGUGCUUCGGGGAUAACCCGUUGAUCUUCACAAAGGGGACCUGUGAAGCUGUUACUAUUACUAAGAGGAUACUGGAUGCUUUCUAUGAGGCGUCGGGUUUAAAGUGCAACCCUUCAAAGAGUGAAUUUUUUUGUGCCAGAAUUAAUUCUGCAACUCAAGAGUUAAUUGCUUCAACUACUGGUUUUCAGAUAUGGAGUCUCCCUGUGAGAUAUCUUGGAAUUCCAUUACUGGCUGGUAAGCUGAGUUCUAUGCAUUGCAAAGUACUUGUAGAAAAGAUUACAGGCAGAAUUAGGGGUUAGGGUGCCAGGUCUUUAUCUUAUGCUGGCAGGCUGCAAUUGAUUUCUUCUGUCAUUACCAGCAUAGCACAAUAUUUGAUGAACAUAAUCCAAAUUCCAGUGAAAGUGAUUAAAAUGAUUGAGUGGGUUUGUUAUGAUUACUUGUGGAGCUAUGAAGAGGAAGGGAAAAGAGCAAAGAUAAAGUGGGAAAUUAUUCUUCCUAAAGAUGAAGGAGGCAUUGGCUUUAAGGACCUCAGAAGAUGGAACUCAGCCUGCCUUAUUAGGCACUUAUGGUCUAUCCUCUCUAACUCUUCCUCUCUUUGGAAUAAUUGGGUGAAAAGCUACCAGCUACAAUACACUUCGAUCUGGGAUAUAUCUUCUGAUAUCAAUUGUUCUUGGGCAUGGCGAAAGGUUUUAAAAGCUAGCAGAUUGGCUGAAGGCAAGAUGCAGGUCAGGGCUGAUGGAGUUCGGUGCAAUGGUAGUGCUAUGGUAAAGUUCUCUGUAAAGAAGGUUUGGGAGGUUAUACAAAUCAAGAGAAGGAAUGUUCCUUGGAGUAAGUUGCUUUGGCAAUCUCUAUGCACCCCGAAGACAAGGUGGUUGUAUGGCUGAUUAUUCAAAAUAUGAUACAUACUCCAAACAAAGUACAGAGGUGAAAUCCUUCUGUGAUCAACAUCUGCCCCCUAUGCAAAGGCUCCCCUGAAUGUAGAGAUCACAUGGUCUUUGAUUUUCCUUAUUCUUGCAAGGUUAUGCAGGCUGUAUUUUAUUCCUCUGAUCUGAUAGGUGGUGAUUGGAAUGAUUAACUUGAUCUAGCAGUUCUGGUAGCCUUACUACAACGAGAGGAAGGUUGUUAUGGACUAUGAUGGUUAGCGAGUUGUGGUGAGAACGUUGUAGAAGAUUAUAUGCUAAUCAAGCUCUCUUAGAAAGUAAGCACUUCAAUAAAUUCAAGGAACCCCUUAGGCUUCUACAUUGUGGGAUCCCUUCUGUUGCUUCUGCUAUUUUGAUGGGAGACAUAGAUACUUUUGUAAUUUGAGAAAUUUGUAUUUUGUUUAGUUGUGAAAACUGUAGUGUAGGUAACUGGCAACUGUACUGUAGUAUAGGUAAUGACUUUAGUGGUAGAGCUGUCUUGUAAAGGUGAUGUACGUUCAGGGUUGGUUUUGACUUUUGAGGUUCCAGUUAGGAUGAUAAUUUGUCAUCCUUUCUUGAUGAAUACAAUGCUUAUUCAUAAAAAAAAAAAAAAUUGAUUACAUUCAUGGAUUUGUGGACUGAAUUGAUGAAAUAGUGGAAUGAUUCAUGGAUCCAAACAAGAACCGAGGUAGAGGUUACUAAGGGGGUUCCAUGACACCCCCUUAGAUUUGGAGAAAAGCACAAAUAAUAAUAUUAUUAGUAUGUUAGCAAUGAUAUUUAAAUCCUAAAUUUUAACGUCAAUCGUUAAAUCUUUUAUUGUUAAACAACAAUAAACUAUAUAAAUUAAUUUGUAAAUAAAAUUAAUUUAUACAUUCUACUUGAUCAAGAUAGAUAAGAGUGCAAAUUAUUAGAUAAAAUCAUUAAAUUUUUAUGAUAACAGUAGUCGAAAGAGAAAAUUAGUUUCCGUCAAUGUAUUUGCUUGUGAAAAUAGAUUUGAUUUGCUACUGUCAUUUUCAAUGCACAAGUUGAUAACAUUUUAUGCAAAAAAACAAUUGACCUUCAUUCGCAUCAAGUGAACUCAAAUUGUGAAUGGUUGUUGUUUGACCCGGAUUAGUGUCGGGUGAUUAGUGUGGAACCUUGAUCCAGACUCCAUCGUCUGAUCUCCUCGGGGGCAGCCCCCGGUAUCUACACUUCGACACCCAAAUUAGAAUAGGAUAUAAGAUAAUGAUCGAGGAAUGUAGAGAGAUAGGGUUUAGAGAGAGAACCAUAAGUGGUAAAAUAUGGGAAGGGAGAGAGGUCUCUUUGCUUGGAGGGUCUGUCCUCCUUAUAUAGGAGUCGGAGGCAUCCAGUGGAUGCCUCCCGGUGGUGGGCCCCUCCCGUUGUAAUGGACGCCCCCGGUAGACUGGACGCCUCCCAUCGAUGGACGCCUCAAGGUGAUGGACGCCUUCGGGUAAAGGACGCCCCCAGUGGACUGGACGCAUCCCGGUGUACUGGACCCUAGAAUGGGCUUGGGCCCAAGGUGAGACGCUUUGUGGUGGGCUUGGGCCCGUAUUAGGAGGGUUAAUACUAGACUCGACAUUUGCCCCUUUGCUUCUUGUAUUCUGUAAGAAUGGAAGGAGUAAAAUAAUGCGUUAAGGUGUAUUAACUUGCCUUACUUGCGAGUUUGCACGAUGCGGUUUUGUCCCUUGUGCGAUCAUUGCUCGGUGAUGGAUGCCCCCAAUGAUGGACGCCUCCGGGUGGACGAGACGCCUCCCGGUGAUAGACUCCUUCAGAUGACAGGAUGCCUCCCGGUGAUGGACGCCCCCGAGUGGACUGGACCCUUGCUAGUCCCCACGAUGCGGUUUGCCCCUUGUGCGGUCAUCGUCUUUGCUUCUUUGUUUAGCAUUCGAGGUCUUGAGUUAGAGCUCUUAAGUUGUUUGAGAUUUCCCCACUAGCCCAUUGCCGAGCGUGCUAAUAUGUAGGCCGUAACUAUGAGUUGUAUGCGUUAAGCUGUUGGAUCGCGAGAUGGGCAUGAGCUUGUGUGCAUGUUAAGCGUGAGUUGUUGGCUGAAUAUUAAGCGUUAGCUAUGUGCUAGGGAGGGCGGCCCCCACGACUUGAGAGUUUUAACUCAAGGCGGCGUUUGUGUUUUGAAGAUGCCACGCCUGCUAGGAGGCGGGAUCGUGUUUCUAGCUAUACCGAUGUCGCGCCUAAUGGGAAGCAGAAUCGAGCUUCUACGUAGAGGGGAAGCAUUGCUCAGGAAGCGGUUUUAUAUCCGCGAAAGAUGUGAGCGACUAGAGCCCCAUAUUUUUAGAGCACAAACAUAAAAAUAGCAUGCGUGAAAUAUGUCAUAGUAUAGUGGAAAUGAUUAUCUUUAUGGCAUGACAUGACAUAUGAGAUAUACUUUAUCUAGCAUGAUUUUAAAUAAGCAUCUUCACGACACAUGAUAUAAGAUAUAUCUUGAAAGGGAGAACUUAGCUCGGGAAUAAGUUGUAGAAUACAGCUAGGAAGAGGUCUAAGUAAUAGAAGUCGCGUCCAGAUUCUCAAGACGGUCUUGUAAUGUUGUGGUAUGCGCCUCAGCUUUGCAAAGGUUUUGACCUGGGUUCGAACCUUGUCGGACGCGUUCCUUUAUUAUUUUUGGAAUAAAUCUUCACUCGUCAUGGGAUGGGCCGCUGUACUGGGCCUGGUUUAAAGUCUGAGGCGGUCAUCGGGCGUGGAAUGCCCGGGUCGUCGUUGGCUGGCAGAUGGUUGGGCCCGCAUUGCGGGCUACGCGAAAGCGAUCGAGAGCUAAGCUGUUCUUGAUGAUGGUAUGUGGGCCUCGAGGUUGAAUCGGGUUGUGCUUGCGAAGCGGGCUGGGAGUUUGAUGGGUAGUUGGAAGCGAUCAUGGAGAUUGCACUAGGGUUUCUGUAAGCAAACCGUGGGCUUUGAGAUGCGUAUGCGGGUCAUGGCCCAAAUGAGUAUUUGAUGGUGAUAGAGCAAGGAUGCUCUAUUUCUUUUCCUUUUUGCUGACCGAGGGUCGCUCUUCCUCUUAAGCUAUCUGCGCCUUCGAUUUUUUUUCUUUUGCGAGAAGCUUUCCUUUCUAGGCGUUGUUGUACGCUGCUGCUUGUUCCCAAAAAGAGUUCUUUGGCCAUUUGAGGCGUUCUUCAUUGACUUUCCGGCGCUCGAUUUUCACGAGAAUGAUUCUCCUUCCUUGAACGGUUUCGCCUAUUGCCUUGCAUCUCCGAUUUUUGGGCGCUCUCUGGUUUAUGCUCGGCGUUCCGCCUAGGCGGGCUUAUGAAAGCUGGAUAAUCUGGUUGCGAAAGAGAGGACCAAAUGGUUGGGCUUCAUCGUUUUUUAUUGGCGUCUUGCAUCCUGAGGUGUUUGACGUCUACCUCGAUAACCUCGUCCGCCUGCCACAACUGGAAGAGAGAGAAAGUGUGACAAGGACAACUAUCCUUUCUUGAUUGAUUUUGCAGAUCUGCUAUAGCAGAGGAGUUUACUUUUUGGGAGUGACGUCGAAGGUAUUGAUGAAGAGUAUGGCGGCAGGUGCCGUGGGUUUCUUCUUGCUAUCUUCAGAACUGCGGCACAACUCUGUUGGCUGGAGUCGCCGGGAUCUGACCGUGGUUUCCGAUUUUCACUUUCUUCAGCUGCUAUCGGUCUUCCUUGGUGAAUCAUUUCCCAAAGAAUCUUAUCGUUGUAACUCGUUGAGGUAGGACAGAUUCAUGGUGGUGGUCGUCGCCAGGGAAAAAGAAAAAAUGAAAAAAGGAGGAACGUCGCUGCUUUCGACGGGUUGAGGGGGAGCAAUAACCUUUUCUUUUUUGAUCCAGUGACUUCCGUGGAAUUUUGGACGCGGUGUUGUAGGUGGUAGGCUGGUAGCGGAUGGGCGCAGAAUCGAUUUCUUCUCCUCAUUCAGAAACAAAACGAGACGAAUCCUAAAUCAGGCCCCAUGGUGGGUGUCAAAAUGUUUGACUCAGAUUAGUGUCGGGUGAUUAGUGUGGAACCUUGAUCCAGACUCCAUCGUCUGAUCUCCUCGGGAGUGCAAGAAUUAUGUGGAGAGCUGGGGGCGGCCCCCGAGAUCUACACUCCGACGCCCAAGUUAGAAUAGGAUAUAAGAUAAUGAUAUCGGAAUGUAGAGAGAGAUAGGAUUUAGAGAGAGAACCAUAAGUGGUAAAAUGUGGGAAGGGAGAGAGGUCCCUUUGCUUGGAGGGUUUGUCCUCCUUAUAUAGGAGUCGGAGGCAUCCAGUGGACGCCUCCCAGUGGUGGGUGCCUCCUAUUGUAAUGGACGCCCCUGGUAGAUUGGACGCCUCCCGUCGAUGGACACCUCACGGUGAUGGACGCCUUCAGGUAAAAGACGCCCCCGGGUGGACUGGACGCGUCCCGGUGUAGUGGACCCUAGAAUGGGCUUGGGCCUAAGGCGAGACGCUUUGUGGUGGGCUUGGGCCUGUAUUAGGUGGGGUAAUACUAGACCCAACAGUUGUUUUGUUUGAUACAUUUAAUGUGAAACCUUGAUAGUUUGGUCGAUUCAUAUAGUUUUAGAAUAAUUUCACAAUAUGAACUAUGAGAACGUGUAUGUAAUUUUUUUUAUGGCACUCCCUUAAAUAAAUCCCUGGCUACUCCACUGGAUCCAAAUGACAUCCAAGUCUUUGAUCAUUAUUAAAUUUUGAAACGUUUAGGUACUAAAAUGUCAUCAUGAAAAUUUUUAGGUUUUCAAUGAUAUAUUUCCAUUUAAAAAAAUAAAUUUGAAGUACUAAACUGGAAUUUGUCAUUUUGAUCCAUGAAUCUACCAAUUCAAUUGGAUUUGGAUCAAAUGGAAUGAAUUUAAAUAAAUUGAAUUAAUUUAAUAUUUUAGUGGAUGGAUUGGAUUUGAUUCAUGCAUUUGGAUACUAUUGGCACCUCUACUACUCAUGAUUCAAGAAAUAGUUAAAAAUUAC